AUGACGGAAAUCAGUGCACAAAACAACAGUGUAAUGCAGUCGUCAACUAACAGCAGUAGUAGUGAGAUAGUAUACGGCGCAAGCGGAUCAGUAGGCUCUGCAAGUGAUGAUACCCGCGUUAUGUCAGAAAAAGUACAAAUGCUUGCUUCAUCCAUUUACAAAGAAUUUGAAACAAUGAUACAGAAGAAUGGCGAGGAUAGUGUUAAGAUGGAUUGCUUAGAUAAUAUUUUGUUACAGAAUUUAAUGCCAUUGAUUGUAAAUGUUUUGGAAAGUUUGGAUCUCGCAUAUUUGGAAAAAGAAGAGUGUUCUGUUGAUUUAGAGAUGCUCAAAGAAGAUAAUGAGCAAUUGAUAACACAGUAUGAAAGAGAAAAACAACUUAGAAGAGCUCAAGAUCAGAAAUGUUUGGAAAUCGAAGACUUAUUGAUGGAACAGAAUCGUGAACUUGAAAGUAAAGUUGAAUCACUGGAGUCCAUUAUGAGGAUGCUAGAAUUGAAGGCUAAAAAUGCAUCUGAUCAUGCUGCUCGGUUGGAGGAAAGAGAAGCUGAUCAGAAAGCUGAAUUUGACACGUUACACGAACGAUACAAUGUGCUGUUGAGGACUCAUAUUGAUCAUAUGGAAAGAACAAAGUAUUUAAUGGGAAAUGAGAAGUUCGAAAUGAUGCAAAGCAUGCCUUUACCAUCUCAGCAGCUGAGAACAAAACUAGGAAUGGCUGCUUCAGUGGAUGCGAAUUCAAUUCGAGGUGUAUCGGAUUUAAUAAGUGCUCACAUGUCGCAGAGUACUACACUUGAUGUCAACCUUGCCAAUCAUAUCAGUAGCGAAUCUGAUUGGCAAGAUGAAUUUGGUCAAAAUGCAUCUGAAAUACUACAGUCACCGCGGGAGGAGACGUUUUCAGCUGUGGAAUCACCACGUGAUGCUUCUUCACAAAUUGUUGAUGGCAACCUUCAACCUUCCACAUCUAUUUCAGCAGCCAGUGAAGUAGGUAAUGAUGCUGUCGAUUCUCUUGGUGCUGAUUUAACAGGGGGUAUUUAUACUACAGGUGCAAUUGUUGAUCCCGCCGAAUUUGCAUCUGCUGGUAUGGGCCGUGAGGUUGAGAAUUUGAUCAAGGAGAAUACGGAGUUAUUAGAAACGAAAAAUGCUUUGAAUAUAGUCAAGAAUGAUUUGAUUGCUCGUGUUGAUGAAUUAAGCAGUGAACAAGAUAUAUUGCGAGAAGAAAUACGAAGUUUAGAAAUGGUGAGAUCGAAAAUGAAUGAACGAAUAAAAGAGCUAGAGUCAGAAGUUCGUGACCUUAAAGAUAGAAUUGAAGCCAGAAGUGAGGACGACCAAGAAGAUGUGCCGGUAUCACAGCGGAAGCGUUUUACUCGACUCGAAAUGGCUCGUGUUUUAAUGGAACGUAAUCAAUACAAAGAAAAGUUGAUGGAACUUCAAGAAGCUGUAAAAUGGACUGAAAUGCAGCGUGCCAAACGUUUAAGCGCAGUAAAUGCCAAAAAAAGUGGUGGAAUAUGGGAAUUUUUUUCGGGUCUAUUCUUGCAACCACCACAUAGUUCAAGCCGUCGUCGAAGACCCGGUGGCCAUGAGCGUGAUGCCUUCCGUCGCUCAAGUGUUAAAACUAUUGACUUUAUUGAUGCUGAUUAUUCAUCUGAAAAAAGGGCUGCUGAACGUCGACAACAAUAUAAGAUUGUAAAAGAGCAUAUGAAUCGGGAAGAAACAGGACGCUUCCAUGCAUAUGGAUGGUCCAUUCCAGCAAUCCCUGGUGAAUUUAAUGAAAAUGCUGUUGUGCCUAUUCCUGUGUUCUGCAGGCCACUUACAGAUUCAAAUCCUAGUUUAAAGAUUUGGUGUUCGUCUGGAGUAACUUUACAAGGUGGUCGAACCCGCGAUGGGGGAUACAUUGUUGGAGAUUCGAUUUUUUAUUCUGAUCCAGCGACUCCAAAGGAAAUAACACCACCUCUUGAUGGAUCAAUAGAUCAACUUGAAUUUGAACUUAAGAGGGCAUCAGAAGACGCUCGAGAAAUGGAAAUGCUUGCAUGGGAAAGCUCAAGCUUGCUAUGGGUAUGCAGCUCAAACCAAGGCCAUAGCCUUGUUGCUAUUUUAGAUGCAAAUAAUCCAAACAGUGUUAUCGACACAUUUCGCGCAUGUUCUGCUCAUGUUCUUUGCGUAUCUUCUGUACCAGGUGUUCGAGAAUCAGAUUAUCCCUCGGAAGAUUAUAACUGGAAAAGUUUUUGCCGUGGCGGUGGUUAUGUCAAGGAUUUACCGUCGGAUAUUAAUGAUCAAGACCAGUUCGGUGCUAUACAAUGGGUAGAAUUGCGUAAACUUGACUCAGAUGAAGACCAUGUUGCAACAUUCUGUGGUCCUGACCAGAAGCCUUCCCCUCAGCGUUUUCGAGAUUUCAGUCUUUGCGAGCAGGCAGUACCUAGUACUUCGGAAAGUUGCCAAGGUCUGAAUGAAACAACUGAGCUUGUCAAAAUGGUGAUCGAAUCGAAUGAUGAAAGCAAAAUUGAUAAACUUGAAGAUAGUGGCGUUGUGAAGAAAUAUAUACUUUUGGAAAAAUAUAAAGAAGCGGCCGAAAAAGGCGCUAUUUUUGAAAAAAAUGGAAUCAGUACACUUCCAGCUCAUAUUAAAGAUGGUCUUAGCAAAUAUGACGGAGUGUCAGAUAACAUGACGGCAUUGCCGACGAUGUGGAUGGGAUCUCAAAAUGACUAUAUAUUCAUUCAUUCAGCAGUGUCUGAAUGGCGUAAAUGCUUGAGACGUAUAAAAAUGCCUGAUGCUGUUCUUUCAAUUUUACAUCAUAAAGGGCGUGUAUUUACCGCUCUUGCUAAUGGCUCCAUUGCUGUUUUUCAUCGAGAUACAAACGGUGGCUGGUCUGAAGCAGGUUAUCAUUAUCUAACCGUUGGUCGUGCGACUAGUUCAGUUAGAUCACUUUCAGUUGUUGGUGGUCGGUUGUGGGCUGCUUAUAGGAACUGUAUCAUUGUUAUAGAUCCUAAAGAUCUUACAGUGAAGAAAGUUUUUGCUGCACAUCCAAGACGAGAUAGUCAGGUUCGUCAUAUGCAGUGGAUUGGAGACGGUGUAUGGAUAUCUAUUCGACUUGAUUCAACUCUUCGGCUUUAUCAUGCUUAUACUUAUGAGCAUCUUCAAGAUAUUGAUAUUGAACCUUAUGUCACAAAAAUGUUGGGCACUAGUAAUUUGGAUUAUUCGUACAUGCGUACCACUGCAUUACUGAUAAUCUGCCAACGGCUGUGGAUCGGAACAGGAACAGGAGUGAUUAUUUCCGUACCAUUAUCUGAAACCAAUAAAAGCCGAGUUGAAACAAAAGUAGAAACGCAUUUGUCCAGUAUUGAAGUACGGGGUCCAGGAGGUUUAAUUCGAGUUUAUGGUGAUGCGAAUAGUGAAAAAGUUUCUCCCGGCAGUUUUAUACCUUACUGUGAUAUGUCACGUGCUCAACUUUCUUUUCAUGGACACAAAGAUUCUGUAAAGUUUUUUUUGGCUGUCCCAGACCUUCUCUCAGCAUUGUCUUCAAAGUCCAUGAAUGAUAAUGGGCAUCGGAAUAAAUCAAAUCCACUUAAAAUGCUUGUUGUUUCAGGUGGUGAUGGAUAUAUCGACUUUAGAAUAGGAGAAGAAGACACAGUCGAUUCAGCAAAUCAUACGCGAGUUCGAGACGUAUCUCAUCUAAUUGUUUGGGAAAUACCUGUCAAAAAAACUCUUUCAUAA